AUGACAGUUCAACUCAAAGAUCAAGGCAUUACAGAUAAACGUCUCAGAUACAAUGCAGAUGGAACGAUUUUAUGUAAUAGCAUUGCAACUGAAGUCUUAUUGUCUGAAGUAUCUUCAGCAUUUGCUGAAAACAAUAAAGGAAAAACUAGCUUUGACCAUUACAAAGCGAUGUUCGGUCUAUUAAUGAUGCUUCGUACUCUUGCUAGAAAAUAUAAAUAUGCUAGUUUUAAUAGUUUUAAGAACUUGAAAGUUCACUUUAUUCACACUCAUAAUCAUGCAAUCCGACAUUGGAGUAUGUCCACUCCUUCCCCCGGAUUGUAUCUUAUGAACAAAGAACAAAGGGUGGAUAUUAUCAAGGAUUUCGAAAGAAAAUCUGAAGGUGUUAUUCCUUUCAUAAAUUUUACUAUUAAAAAGAUAACAUAUAGUAGUAACAUUUACCUUAAGCCUAGUUCUUUAUUAAUGCACCUAUCCCAGAAGGUCUCAGCAUGUCUAACCCAACCUUGGCAGUCCUGA